AUGGCGUUGAAAGUUUCACCUUUGACCAAGAUCAUUUCUUUGUCUGGUUUCUUGGCUCUUGGGUUUUUGCUGGUGAUUCUCAGCUGUGCGCUCUUCCACAACUAUUAUCCUUUAUUUGACAUUUUGAUCUUCCUGAUAGCUCCAAUCCCCAAUGCACUUUUCAAUAAAAGGAAUUUCGAAUCGAGUGAUUUCAUGAAUGAGUCGACGGGCGGCGCACAGGACGUGGGCCAUUUCUUUACGGGUGUUUUUGUAACAAGCGGCCUGGCGCUUCCUGUGGUUUUGUAUCAUUGCCAGCUUAUCAACCACCUCAGCUGCAUCAUGAGCACGGCGGGUGGUGUUAUCAUAUAUUCGAGCAUCAUCGUAUUUUCGUGGUUUUUCAACAGUGGAUUCGACGAUGAAGAAGAUGGUUUGUUUGGGUACUAA